AUGUUAAGAUUUGUUCGUCCGCAGUUGAAAAAGUCUGUCGCCUUUAUGGUGAGAAACUAUUCCCACAAGGAGUUGAAAUUCGGCGUUGAAGGUCGUGCUGCUCUCCUUAAGGGUGUGGAGAUUAUGGCUAGGGCCGUCAGUGUCACAUUGGGACCUAAAGGUCGUAAUGUGUUAAUUGAGCAACCUUUUGGUGCUCCUAAGAUCACCAAAGAUGGUGUCACAGUUGCCAAAUCUAUUAAUUUGAAAGAUAGAUUCGAAAAUCUGGGUGCAAAGCUAUUGCAGGAUGUUGCCUCUAAGACUAAUGAAUCUGCUGGUGACGGUACCACUUCGGCCACCGUUCUCGGCCGUGCUAUUUUUACUGAGUCCGUGAAGAAUGUUGCAGCCGGUUGCAACCCUAUGGACUUGAGAAGAGGUUCUCAGGCCGCUGUCAAUGCCGUUAUAAAGUAUUUGGAGAAGAACCGUAAGGAGUUGACUACCUCUGAGGAAAUUGCUCAAGUUGCCACCAUUUCUGCCAAUGGUGAUACUCAUAUUGGUCAAUUGUUGGCUUCUGCCAUGGAAAAGGUUGGUAAGGAAGGUGUCAUUACAGUCAAGGAAGGUAAGACACUUGAAGACGAGCUGGAGGUUACUGAGGGUAUGCGUUUUGAUAGAGGUUACAUUUCUCCUUACUUCAUUACUGACACAAAGUCCGGCAAGAUCGAAUUUGAAAACCCACUUAUUCUUCUUUCUGAGAAGAAGAUCUCUUCCAUUCAGGAUAUCUUACCAUCUCUUGAGCUUUCAAGUAAGAUGAGAAGACCCUUGAUGGUUGUUGCUGAGGACAUUGAUGGCGAAGCUUUAGCCGCAUGCAUCUUAAACAAGUUGAGAGGACAGGUGCAAGUUGUCUGUGUUAAGGCUCCCGGUUUCGGAGACAACAGGAAGAAUAUUCUUGGUGAUGUUGCAGUCUUGACUGGUUCUACCGUGUUCACCGAAGAAUUGGAUCUUAAGCCUGAGAAUGCCACCCCUGAGCAGUUGGGUUCUUGUGGUUCCGUUACCAUUACUAAAGAGGACACAGUCAUCUUGAAUGGUGUCGGAUCUAAGGAGAGUAUUGCUCAAAGAUGUGAGCAGAUCAGAGGUGCCGUUGAGGAUAAGGCAACUACCGAAUACGAGAAGGAGAAGUUGCAUGAGAGAUUGGCCAAGCUUUCUGGAGGAGUUGCAGUCAUUAAGGUUGGUGGUUCUUCAGAGAUUGAGGUUAGUGAAAAGAAGGACAGAUAUGAUGAUGCCCUUUGCGCUACUAGAGCUGCUGUUGAAGAAGGUAUCUUGCCUGGUGGAGGUACCGCUUUGGUUAAGGCCUCCAGAAUUUUGAAGGACUUGAAGGCUGAAAAUUUCGAUCAGAAGCUUGGUAUUAAGAUUGUUGAGGCUGCUAUUACCAAGCCAGCCAAGAUCAUCGUUGAAAAUGCUGGCGAAGAAGGUUCCGUUGUUGUCGGAAAGCUAUUGGACGAGUAUGGUGAUCAGUUUAACCUCGGUUACGAUUCUGCUAAGAAUGAGUAUGUGGAUAUGCUUGAAGCUGGUAUCAUAGAUCCAUUUAAGGUUGUUAAGAAUGGUUUAGUUGAUGCUUCUGGUGUUGCUUCUUUAUUGGCUACUACUGAGUGUGCCAUUGUUGAUGCCCCAGAGCCAAAGUCUGCUGCUCCAAAUCCAGGUAUGGGUGGAGGAAUGGGCGGAAUGGGAGGUUUCUAA